GCCUCAUGAAAUUACAAAAAAUUAUAGUACUUAGAUUACACGUUGUUGAGCAUUCAAUGGAAUUCAAAAAAAGAAGCGUUUUUGUGUCAUUAUAAAACGCACAAAUAUUUGCCUCAACAUUUGUGCAAAUAGCAACCGCUCCGGCCUCCGUAGUGAUGCUGGAGAUGCGAUCUCCGUGUGCGGCGCAGCAUCAGAUCAACGACACCUCCUGGUAGAGAGGAAAGCGUGGGCAGAUAGAUUUGACAGCUGCUGUGGCAUGGCAACGCAGCAUUCAUUGUGGGUAGAGAUGAUCGAGUCAAGUCUAAGAACUCAUGGUUGUGAUUUGAUAUAAAGACGUAGAACUCAUCACACUCUGUACUUGGACUUGGAUUGUUUGUGCCAAAUUCAUCUCGUCCUCUGUACCUUCACCGCCCACGCCGAGAACGGGUUCAUUUGGUGGGUCGUCGGGCCCAUCCGCUUGCAAGUCAGCGGUGCUGCUGGUCUCGGUCGGCCGCAGGACUAUGGACUGCCAUGUCCGGUAGCGACUUGAGGUCAGUGUCGAGGUCGGUGCGCGAGAAGCCGGACCUGCCCGCCACUGCCGAUGACCUGCUGCUUGGCGCCGCGGCGGCGCCGCUGCCCAGGCACGCGCGUCGCUCUAAGGGCGCGCGCCUCCGCCAAUUAACGGACAGGCUGCGACACAACUCGGUCGAGGAGGUCGAACUGCCCCCACGACCCCUGCCGGACACCCUACUCGACACUUUGCUGCCACUGCCGCCUCUUGGAUUCCUCCAGAUUGCCAACGAGUCGCCUCCAAACAGCACUGCCGCCUCUGAAUCUCUUACGGAGGAACUGCAGCCGCCAGUCCAGGCGCAGAAUGCCGACUCACUUUCCGAGGGCGAGACCGACAGCAGCGUGUGCAGCAGCACCAUCCCUGCCCAGCAGUUAUCUCGGCGCUACAACAAGCGGCCCCUGCGCGGCCCCUACGGCCAAAUCCUCGAGGCUGAGAUGAAGAGGGCCUCUCCCGCCCCCAGCAAGGUGGACAGCGAGCUAGGCUUUCUGCAAAGUAGUCUUCCAGAUGCGAUGCGGCCCCCUACUAGUCUUGGUGCCAGCAGCACCUCUGUCGCCUCUUCGUCAGUGCUGAGCAACAUUGAGGGCGGCCACGUCCACCAGCGCGCCGCCUCUAGUCCCUGUCAGAUGGUCGGCCUGGAGGAACAGGUCAAUAUCAGGGAUACAAGAACACAUGUUGUAUACGAGUUAUAUGAAACUGAGAAAUACUAUGUUGAAGCUCUGAGAACCCUAAUUAUGAACUAUAUGGUACCUUUGAAAGACUCGGAGAACCUAAUUGAGCCUGGCCUUGUCGAUGAAAUUUUUUUCCAAAUCCCUAGCAUUUUGCAUUACCACGAAAUCUUCCUUGAUGACCUGCAGAAUAAAUUGGACAACUGGGACUGGCGACAGAGAAUUGGAGACAUCUUUCUGGAUUUUUCUCAAAAACAAGUUGUGGAGUGCUACACAGAAUUCAUAAAUAACUGGCAAAGAGCCAAGUCCCUGGUUAAAAGCACCUCACAGACAAAACCAGCAUUUGGUAAUUUUCUGGAGGCUGUGUCCCGCGAGCACAAGGGCAAGUUGACCUUUGACGCGCUCCUGAUUAUGCCUGUCCAAAGAAUCCCAAGAUACGAGCUCCUCAUCCAGGCCCUUUUGAAGCACACGAGUAGUUCGCACCCUGAUUACUCCUACUUAGUUUCUGCACAAAGAGCCAUCCAUGCACUUGCCGUAACCAUUAACUGCAAAGGGAGAGCAUCUUGCAAUGAGGAUGAAAGUAGACUUAGCAUAAAAGAAAUAGAGAACUUUCUCGAUGGAUGUGAUAUUUUCCCUGCGCCUGAUCGAACUUUUCUAAGGCAUGAUCUUGUCACUGUGAAAGUUGGAGACAGUGCAAAAGAAAGAAUGGUGUUCCUAUUUUCUGACCUCAUGGUAGUGGCCGGUAUUAAAAGACGAGGUGGUCCUGUGCGAAAAACAUCCUCGAAUAGCUUGAGCAGCAACUCAUCAAGCAUUUUGGAGUGCAACAAGUUUAAAGUAUUGAUGAAAAUUCCCCUUUCCGAUGUUGAUUUUGCUAGAGCGCAUGAUGAAGCUGCAAAAUUAAUUAUGCACGAGAUAACAGAAAUUAAAGAGGACACUGAAACGGUGAAUAGGAUUAUUGAUCUUGCCAGUCGCCUUCACUGCAGCAACCCUCGGCUUGAGGAAAUUUUGCAUGAAAUGCAAGUAAACCUUUCGAGGAAGUUGCUAGACAAGCAGCUUGAGGAGAACGGCUUUCACUGCCUUGCCUUGAAUGUUUCCUCUCAGCUGGAAAGUAUUAUGUUAAUGUUUGAAGCUCUUGAGCAGAAAGAAGCAUGGGAGAACAUCCUAAGUGAAGCUAAACAAAAAAUGGAUCAAAAAUUCUCUCCACAAUUUCUGUACCCAGUCACAAUCAGGAAAACUAGGUCAGGUCUGCAGUUUACUUGUGCGUCCGCAACAGCUAAUUCAGAGCGCAAUUAUCAUGGAAGGGAUAUGUGGAUAUGCAAUAGUGAUGGCUAUGUAGGGCAAGUAUGUGUCCUUCAUUUGGCAGACGAGCCAAAAGUUUUGUCCACCAACGAGGUAUGUGAAUCAAGAAUUUUGUGCAUGGCUGCUGCUCCACCGUACUUAUGCAGGUCUGCUUAUAUGGAGGAUCAUUUUGAAGAGUACCGAGAACCAAAUAGUUACAGUGACUUGAUCAACGAUGCCAGUAAUGAAUCCACAAUGUGGCUGGGAACGGAAGAUGGAAACAUCCUAGUGUAUGGAUGUAGAAACGUGUGGCAGUGCAAAAUGAAAAUGAAUCUUGGAUUUACUGUGUUCUCCAUUAUGUACCUGGACAACAGGGUUUAUGCUUCUCUUGCCAAUGGAAGUAUUGUUAUCUAUACAAGAAAUUCAAGUACUCGCUGGGAUUGGGCAGACCCACUGUACUUGCCAGUGAGCAGUCCUGCUGUACCAGUAACAAAAAUGGUCCAAGUUGGUAACGGGGCAUUUAUCUGGUGUGCUUGUAACAACAUUGUGUACAUUUUAAAUACAAAGUCUCUGCAGGUUGAAAGCAAGUUGUGCAUGGGCUUCAGAAGCGAAAAGUCGAUUAACUGCAUUUCAUGUGCUGCAAGUGCAGUAUGGAUUUCACUGCAAAACUCCUCUAUCGUAAGACUGUACAAUGGACUGAGCAUGGAGUUGCUUAGUGAAAUCAACGUUGCCCAAAAUGUCACAGCCAUGCUGAAAAGUUGUGAUGACAUUAUCAGGCAACACAAAGCAGCAUGUCUACGGGUCACUGCCCUAGUAGCGCACCAGGACCUACUUUGGGUAGGAACCAGUGCUGGUGUCAUCCUAAAAAUCAAAACGCCCAGUGUUACUUCAACCACCAGCAAACUAGCAAAACCACCUCUUGUUAAAGGAAUUAGCAGGGGCCACACGGGGCAUGUUCGAUUUUUGACCACCGUCGAGGUAGAUUACCCUUCAGAAAGUGCUAGUCAAGGCAAGAGAGCUAUAUUGGUGAUAUCGGGUGGUGAUGGUUACGAAGACUUCAGGUGUUCUAAUGUGUCUGAACUGUCUGGAAGAGAAGAUUCGACAAACCACCUACUAGUGUGGAGACUCUGAUUGUUUAUACAAAUUGGCUCUUUUUUUAAAAGGAAAAUAUUUUAUGACUAGCUGAAAUUUGUCAUGGAUAAAAAUAAUUAUACUGUUUUUGUCCUGCUUGGUUCGAUCUUUAGUCCUGUAUAAUAUUUUUUUUUAACAUUUUAACAUGCUCGUUUUUUUGAAGAGCAUUAAAAAGCACAGAAGUUUUGCUCUCUAAAUUAUUUAUACAGCCUUUAUAUUGGUGUUAUUUUCAUAAUAAGAAAUAAAAUUUAUUUAUUGACAGAAUUACACUUUUGCAAAAUA